AUGGAGCGACACGAAUGCCGGAGUGAGCGCUGGGAAAACGGCGGAUUCCCCGUCAAGGCUGCCGACGUUCACCCGGAGGUGAUGGAAUUGGCCCGCAGCGCCGCCGCAACAAACUCCAGCUCAACCGCCAUGCCAACCACCCCCAUCCCACCGACCAUGCCAACACUCGAACUCAACUACAAUGACAGCAAUCUCCAGCUCAAUUGCCAUGCCUACGACUCCCAGCUCACCGGCCAUGCGAACGGCGUCCAGUUCACCUACGAUGCCAAGAACCUUGAGCUUACCGUCCACCGUGUUGGA